AUGGAGGGUGGAGGUGUGGCAGCAAAGUGGGAUCCAGACGAAGAUGAGCUGGUUCCGGAUUAUGCUAGCAUGCCGGUUGUUCCUGAGGGGAGUGGCUCGUAUCCACAAGGGUCCCAGGGCAUGGAAGACACCCAGCGGGUAGGGAGAUGCACCACUCACUCUGCUGCUAUGGACGUUGAUGAGCCUGGCGGUGAGGUAAGGCUCAACCCUGCACAAGGGUUGACGGUGGAAGCUGUGGUGCAACGACAGGUUUUGAGUAUCUUCCAGAGUCAGGUGACUCCAUUGCUGGGGCAACUCAUGGAUCGAUUAGAAGCUAUGGAGGCGAGGCAAAGCGCAGAGAGGACUGCACCACAUACCACCAUUGAGGCUACAACAUUGGGUCAAGAUGCUUUGGCUGGGGAUUUCCAGAAGAUGAUGAGUCUGGGAGUCGAGUCGGUAGCAUCGGAAAGACAAGUGGCCGCAAUCUGCAGGGAGUCGGCCUCUGAGGUCAAGGAGUGGUCAUUGGCCGCUUCGACAUCGGAUCCCACGCAUAAUCCAUGCUCUCAUGCGGUAGUGGCUGCUGCGCCCGAGGUGCCACAGGCUCCUGGUGAAAGGUUACCGUCAUUGCCCGCGCCACCGGAAGUUCCGAGCGAAAUGCGAGGAACUGGUUUGAGGGUUGAGGGCGAUUCUUUUGCGAAUGAUGAGAGUGGUGGACAGGGCACCAUCGGAGGGAGAUCUGAGGGGCGCGAUGGUUUUGACUGGUUCUACAAUGGGCUGAAACGAGUCUUUGCAUCGCACAGUGGAGAACAUGAUGGAAGAGCUGAGGAGGUGAAGACUUCUACGGCUGAGCUUCAGCAGUUGGUGAUUAAUGAUGGGGAUAAGGAUGUCUCACCUCUUCUAGCUGGCGACUGGCUCACUUUAGCAGGACUGCACCUGAUACUCAAGGCCAUUCCCAACUCCUUGAAGGAGGAACUGGUGAGCACCCAGCGGAUGUCUUGCAUCGAUGCUGUUGCGAAGAUCUUUUGUACUUAUCAGUGGUAUCGCAGGGCAGAAGACCUACAGGUCUCAUUGCCGGAUUCCACAUUGCUUCUGGCAGGCUUGGACCUCCUUACCAGUAAAGCGCUGAGCAAGUUUCCAGCUGAGUUGGAGGUUUUGGACACCGGUGUUGCAAAAGGAUGCGUGUCCAUACCGGAGUAA